AUGUCUACCGACCCGAAGUUCGACGACCUACACAAAAAGCUCUUCGAUGAAGGGAUGAAGGUUCGCCGCGGGGUCUUGGGAGAUUCAUAUGUCGACAAAGCUUUAGCAAACGGUACGACCGAAUUCUCGAAACCCGGCCAAGAAAUGGUCACUGAAUGGGCCUGGGGAAAUGUCUGGACCCGACCUGGCUUGGAACGACGAGACCGCAGUCUGCUCAAUAUUGGCAUGUUAAUGGCCCUCAACCGUGGCCCUGAGCUAGCUAUUCACCUCAGAGGUGCCCGCAAUAAUGGGCUGAGCGAGCUUGAGAUUCGGGAGGCUAUCCUGCACGCCACAGUUUACUGUGGGGCACCCUGGCGUGGAUGCCUUCAAAAUUGCUGA